AAUUAUCAUGAAUUUGUCUUUAUUUUACAGCUGUACAUGCCUUUAAACAUCUUCAUCGCUCUUGUUGGUGUUGUUGUUUGGACAGAGCAUGAUGAAUUUCAUAUAGACACCAAUGGCGAUACUACUCUAACAAAUUUCCUCCAGUAUAGGCGGACAACACUUAUCAAAGAACAUCCCAAUGACAAUGCUCAAUUAUUAACGCGAGUGCAGUUCGAAGGUGGUGUAGUAGGCAAAGCUCUUAAAGGACCGAUCUGUACGUACGAAUUUUCUGGAGGUGUGAAUAUGGACCACAGCCCCGUGGUCGGCCUAGUCGCCACAACUGUUGCCCACGAAAUGGGGCACAACUUCGGUAUGGAGCAUGAUGGCAGCUCUUGCGAAUGCCCUGAAGAAAAAUGUAUUAUGGCUUCAUCUAGUAGUUCGUCAAGCCCAACGCAUUGGAGCAGUUGCAGUUAUGAAUACCUGCUGUUCGCAUUCGGACAUGGAAUGGACUAUUGUCUGCGCAACAAACCAACUAGUCUAUUUGACAGUCCUGUGUGUGGGAAUGGGUUCGUGGAGCCGGGUGAGCAGUGCGACUGUGGCUUGCCAGGUCAUUGCACAAAUCCCUGCUGCAACAUGACCUCUUGUAUGCUCUACUCAAAUGCAUCUUGUGCUACUGGCGAAUGCUGUGAUUUCUCGGCUUACUGCUAUCAAGGCUCGUGCCGCUCACACUCUGAUCAGUGUAAACUUCUGUGGGGUCCGUCUGGCAUGUCUUCCGACACUCAGUGCUACAAGAUGAACUCAAAAGGAAAUCGUUAUGGAAAUUGUGGAUACAACAGGUUGAAUCAAUCUUAUCUGAAAUGUGAAGGAGAUAACGUUCAUUGUGGGAUGUUGCACUGCAAGCAUUUGAACGAAAAAUUGGAGUUUGGUAUGGAAUCAGUGGCGAUUCUUUCGCAUUCGUUCAUCAGUUCCAUUGACAAUGAAGUGAUUCCCUGCCGCACUGCCAUCGUAGACCUGGGUCUCAAUGAAGUUGAUCCUGGUCUGGCUCCUGAUGGCGCCAAAUGUGGAGUUGGAAUGAUGUGCGUGAACCAGAAGUGCAUGAACGUGAGCUCGCUGCGCGCGGCGUCACUGGCCGGCGACUGCCCCAAGGGCUGCAGCGGCAACGGGGUGUGCAACAGUCUCGGCCACUGCCAUUGCAAGGUGGGCUUUGCACCGCCGCACUGCGAUUACCCAGGCACUGGCGGCUCCCUCGACAGCGGCCCUGCCACCGACCCACAUGAUAGCGUCUUACCUGACUGUACCACCGUAGAUGAAACUGCAAAUGCAAAUGGAGAAAGAUCUACAGAGCUACAGUGGGCGUUUUGUAUGUGCGUGAACCAGAAGUGCAUGAACGUGAGCUCGCUGCGCGCGGCGUCACUGGCCGGCGACUGCCCCAAGGGCUGCAGCGGCAACGGGGUGUGCAACAGUCUCGGUCACUGCCAUUGCAAGGUGGGCUUUGCACCGCCGCACUGCGAUUACCCAGGCACUGGUGGCUCCCUCGACAGCGGCCCUGCCACCGACCCACAUGCUCACUGGGAAGUCGUCACUGCCUUAUAUGCAAUUUUCUUUGGAAUUGUGCCUUUCUUGACGAUAGUGGGAUUAAUCACAUACCACUUGCGUCACAAGCCUUCUCCGUUCUGGCGCAAAAAGCCAAGGUCGAUCAUCAUCAUUGAGAAGAAGCCGUCGGGUGGUGGCGGGGGUGGUCAGCCGGGCGACAAGCGACCAAGCACCGGCUCCAGUCAGCUGGCCAGCGACCACUCACGCGCCUCCCUCCUGCAGAGCUCCGACAGCUCGCCAGGUCUACCCGACGACAACCCGGGCCUCAACCCCUUCCACAACAACCUGCUUGGCCAGUUCAAGGGCUUCAGCAUCACUCCUCUCCCUCCCAAGUCAACGGCCUCCUCCACGGUCUGCCUGCCCAGUCGUCCCGCUCCUCAGCCGAUAUCACCUCCCAAGCUACCAAACAACGUGGCUGUUGUAGCUCCGGUUCGAUCAGCUCCAAAGCCUCCAACUCUAGAAUCACCCGCACCACCCACUCUGCCUCCAGCCAACCCAACCUCUCGCCCAGCUAUCAGCUCCCCUGUCCUAGAUACCACAACAUCGUGUACUGCCCAAGAACUGUUGAAAAAUGUUCCAAUCAGAAAAGCGCCACAAGUGCCCAGCUGUCCAACUGAUCAGGUAGCUGUUGUGUGUGAAACAAACGCUGCAGACAAUAAGCCUAAACAAGUGAAAGAAUCAUAUCCAGCACUCACACGAUUGGCCUCUUUCAUGGCACGAUCUCAGAAAGAAAACAAGAAGGAUAACAUUAUGGGAGGAAGUUUACGUGUAAGUAAACUAGACCGUGACGCUCUCCGAAAUUUGGAAAUAUCAAAUCCUAUUCCACAGAAAGAAAUUGAUGUUCCUGGAGAGCAUGUUUUCCCAGCUGGUCCCGACAAAGCUGUUGUGAUGCGUGCACAAAGCUUGCGAGAUUCAGAGAGAAAACCAAAUGUCCACAGUUUCGGUUCAAUGCGUUUCCAAGACCGUUCAAAAAGACCGACAAGCAUAGCUGUAAGUGCCCGCCCCUCGUCGCCCCCACCACCUCGACCGCCCAACCAAGUGGAGCACGAGUACGACGACUGCAUCAACCUGGCCGACGGCGCCGGCGCCGCUCCACUCGUCGACAUCGACGAAGAGAGUCUCAGCAGCCCCAACGACAACAUCUACGCCGUCAUCGAUGAAACUCCAAUCGACAGGAGUGAACCGAAAAAGAUAGUCCUGCCUAAAAAGCUCUCAAAAUCCGAGUACACCUCUCCUACCGGCGAAUACAAAGUUCCAAAACCCCUCGACAAUAAUAUGUCGGCGGGAAGUAGUGAAUCCAUGGGCCUGUUGGGAGAAAUUGUAUCUGAAAUUGAAGCACGAAAUACAGAAUCGAUCUAUUCUUCUUCUACGUUGAAAAGGAAGAAAGAUCGAGAUGAUGAAACUUCUUCAACUGUUACGGAUAUGUCUGACAAUAAAUCCAAUCAGAUUUAUGUUAAUACACCUUGGCAGGCUGGUUACAGUAAUUUCAACUCUACUCCAAAGUAUUGUGCAAGCUCGAAUAGCUCGAAUUCAGGCUAUAUGAGUCCGAUAAGCACCAAUCGGUUAGGUGAGUUGAAAACUGAAUCUGAGAUUGGAAAAUCAGAGGAUAAAAAUAUUCCGUCAGUGUCAGUACCAGAAGUCUCAGCACCUAGCUAUAAGCCUUACAGUUCUACCCGCAGCGGACCUUUUGCAGCUUAUUACAAUAAAUCCAACUCUGAUCCUAAGAAAUCAACAGACAGUAAUGAAGGGAAGACCUCUUCUUUCCAAAAUAGUGAUAUAAAUACUAAGUCAUCUGCUUCGGGAAGUGAUGUGAAAGGUAGGAAUACAGAAUCAAAAAAAGAUACUGUUUCGAACGGAUCUAGUGAAAGAGCACCGUUCUUGAACAGAGCUUUGCCUCCUAUCAAUAACGGCGUCAAUGAAUUGAAAGCAGCAGUAAAACCAUCAGUGCCUCCAAACAAUAUAGGUCUUAGUACCAAACAAAAAUCAGACAUUAACAACUUACCAUCUAAAAACACCGUAGUUCCCAAUCUAAAACCUAACCCAGAUAGACUGAGUGAAAAUGACAGUGAAAAAGAUUCGAAGAAAGAUACAAAUCUAGUCAGUAAGCCUACUCAAAAUAAACCAAAAUCUAUUGAUAACUCACAGCCUAAAACGGUUUUGCCUCUGAGAAAUGUGCCUAAGAACAGUUCGUUUAGAACGGGUAGAACACCUCUUCCUGCCCCGAAACCGGUUUCCAUCCCGAGUGUUAAACCCAAUCCAUCCAGUUUGAAAUCGUCUCUAGCUCAAGCUAAGGCACCGUUGGUGAACGGCAGGACUCCGGCAACGGCAAAUCUCCAGACCAAGGUAGCACCUCCAGUCAAUACUCGACAAUCAGCAACAGUCAGCGCUUCCAGUGGUGUUAGUGAAGCUGAUAAACAAGACAGCAAAAAAAUCGUACCUCAAAAACCAGCUGUGAAUAGAAGUAGUAAUGUAGCAUCCUUACAACAAAAGUUUGAAACUAGUAAUAAUCGUCCCAUGAACGGUCAAAAAGUAGUGAACCGACCAAACUUAGCUUCUGUUAAAUCAGUAGAAACCGACGCGAACAGAUGA